AUGGAUCUUGAUGAACCGGCUGUCCCACCGGGUCUCCCGGGAGAAAUGAGACUAGAGGACGAGGAAUAUCUAUGGUUCUCCAAACAUUAUCAGUUUGGUAUUCCUGCAUCAGUCCUGGAGAGUAUUGAAGGCACGCUUGUGGAUGCGCCUAGGCGCCUUGAGGAGAUGCCACCGACGUUCCGGCUGCAUGAGCCGCACCCCUCCCUCGUUGGUAGGGGACUGACCGUGAACAAUAGCUAUGUACAGAUCAUGGAUACUUGCCAGCAAGCAGCCAUGGCCUGGGCUCAGCAAGAAGCUCACUGGCCUGUCCCCGGUGAGACCCCACGGGAUGCAACUGACGAAGACUGGCUGUACAUAGGCGCGCGUGACUAUCUGCACGUGCGGCCUGCACGGGUCUGGGUUGACGGGGAAUUGGUCCCUAACUUAGGCCAUGAGCACAAUGUUUUGGCAGUGACAGUUAUUGCAGAGCAAGACAUGGCCCCUAGUGCUGUCGAGACCUACAAUAGUCUCGGCAGUAGGAUUGUCAGUGGAGUAUCGGACGUGGAUGACUUGCUGGCUGCACCCGAGUAUGAUAGGGUCAAGAAGCGGUGGGUCAACGGCGCUGAUGUUGAGCGUCUCUUCCGUGAGCGUGAGGGUAUUCCAGAAAUUGGCAAAGAGAAGCCCGCCGCUCGUGUGUACAACAUCGGCCAGUCCCACCAGCGCUCUCGCAAUCUGAUUGGCCCCAGCAUUGGUGCAAAGCGGUUCACGGAGGAUGAAGUGGAGGAACCAGAGGAUCUGUCCAUACGCCGUGAGCUAAACAAGGCAAGUCUUGCCAAUCUCUUGCAGCUUGAUGCACUUAUAGACAAUGGUGUGCACGUAAUGAAGAUGGUAGUCCCAGAGACAUACAAGAUGCUGCACGAUGUCCAGCGCAUGCAUGGGUCCUUCUGUAUGGGGGACCUGGACAACGUCUGCUUCUCUAGCAGCCAGCUAAAUGUCUCCGCACCUCAGCACUUGCAUCAGAUCCGUGAAGGCAAGAAUGACCUCUCGGAAUCUCUUGGCCAGUUCGGUGGCUUGCAUCGCGACCCCAAUGACUGUGUGGGCGCGUACUCUACCAUGACCAUUUUCUCCCAGCUGGACGAGGACAUCGAGCAUGGCUAUUUCAUGCACUAUGAGCUCGGUGCAUUCUCGUCCAUGCCUCACAGGGAGAACCAGUACAAUUCACGCAUCCUUACCGUCCUAUUCUCCGGACUGCGUAAGCACGGUGGUACACCUCCAUUUGUCCGCAACCCUGAGACGCCUAUCGGUCGCUGCCUGCGACUGAACCAUAUCAUGUAUCACAUGUCUGGGAUUCUGGAUGGUAAGGCGCGUGUUCCUCUUGGAGCGCUAGGAGAGCGAGACCCCAUCAUCAUACCUCCGGAGGCGUACAAUCCUGACUUUGACGAUCAAGCCACUCUGAGCUCCCAGCCAUGCAACCUCCAGUUGGAUGCGCGUUCUCUUGCGGACGAGCGCUCGGCAUCUACGGCGGCUGUUGUUGGCCUGUACUUGAUGGUCCAGAAGCUAUGGAAACAUACCGGCCCAACUGCGCAGAUUGACAUCCAUAAGUUCUUUGAAGCUUUCACGUCUGAGGAUGCUGAAGGGAAUCAAGUCUCAUACACCGAUCAAGAUAUCUUGGACUACCUCCCCGUCCCCGAUCGUGAGCAUCCCAACUCCAAGCUCCGCCACGAGAUCCAGCAGUGGAAUGCCCACAGGGAAAGGCCAGACGUUGUCGACAUCCGCAAUGUGUUACAAGGUGAAGAAGAUGAACAAGUUGACCUACAAGUUGGACGUGUUGGCAAGAGCAAGAAGAAGUUUGGGGCUGAUAGCGGUGAACACAUGGCACCAAAGUCAAAGUCCAAGAAACGUAAGGAUGCGAAGAGCACUGACAAUGAUAGACCUUCUCAGCGAGCUUGUUUGGACUCUGGCGCGGAUGAACCAGUCAUGCCUGACUUGGCAGCACAUCCACACCCAACUGUGCAUGGUGUAAACGCGGUUGCUGGACCUUCCCAGCAUGGCAGUGGUGAGGAAGGGAACUUGCGCUGCAGCUCUCGUAUCAAGGGUGCUGCUGGUCUCUUCCGUCCCUAUAGCGGCGGUGCUGCAGCCCCCGUACAACUCAAUGACUCCAAUGAAGAAGAUGGAGAUCCGGAAGUGGAGGCAUUAGUUUCGGAUGAUGAAUCUUCCGAAAAAAGCCAUCAAGGUGUCCUUGCCCUCUUUGGCUUGGACAACAUCUCCGCAUCCGUCCGGACUCUACAGGGCUUGUCCGACUCUCUGCCAGACAUGACACAGCGUUAUACUGCACAGAACGCAGAACAUCUGCGCUCUCUCAUGCAAGCAUUUGAGGUCCCAAGUUCUACGCAGGCUUGCUCAUCUGAAUAUGCGGUCAUGCUCAAGCAGAGCUGGCCCAUCAUUGACGGCUUCCAAAAGUGGGAUCAGUUUCAGCGUCACAAACACGCCGAGCUCCGGUGUGAAGCCAUGCUGGCAGAGUCCUACUCCUGGCUAUGGCUGAACACGGUCAUGCAUAAUCACUGCAGGGAACUCUUGACUGCACGCCAGCACAGCAAGUCACAACCUCCUACGACUUGGCUUGCUAAACUGGCGGUCAAAGUCUACGACUCCUUUGGGCGGCGCAAGGGUGAAAUGCUCUGUCGCUCAACCUUCCUCCCGGAGCUCCCUGCAAUGAGUGUGACUUUGCCAAAGAAGACCGUCCGCAAGGAUGAGCGUAUUGACGCUGUGGUAGAGAUCAUUCACGGCAUUGUGCGCACCUGGCUUGAAUUCCCUAAACUGACUUCUUUCCUGCGUGCUCUCUUUGUGAGCACGCUUGUCACGGCUUUUCACACGAAUGACGUCCUUUUGCUUGAUGGUGUCUGGGCAGUCUGGUGCUCUCCACGUCCUUCCCUUCUUCCUGCGGCACUGCGACGCACAGAACGUAUCAACGAUAACUCCAUUGCAGGCUUGCGCUCGGAUCUGGCUUCACUCCCUGUCCUCUCAAAUCCUGAAGUGCCAGAGUACCAACAAUUCCGUCUUUUCUGUCGACUACUGGCUGGUAUACGCUCAGGCACUCCUAUCCGGACCAACCCUGUCGACGUCGAGGAUCUGUGCAAACUUGGGCUUCUACGCCUUCGUGACUUCGUCAUGGAAUGCCUCGCUUAUGUCCCUCACCUUAUCAACAAGUCUAUCCCCCUCCCCGAGCCACUCUCUGCACUUCAGAAGUGGUGCAUGGAGGAUGAGGACCAUCGUGUACCCUUCCGUGAGCUCGCUGCGGGCCGGAAGAUGAUGAUGUCGGAUGCAGGACCUUUCCACCCGUUCAACAUUCACAAGCUCGGCGCCCUCGCUAGCGCAUGCAUUCAUCUUCCGUGGCAUUACCUUCUCUUCACAUCGUUGCUACCUGUGGUCAUGCAGACGAGCCAUACUACGUUUGCAACCCUGCGGGAUAUGGCGCUUACAGCCGUGACCGUAAGACCGAGAACACUGCAGCGUACUUUGCGGAAGAGGCUUUCUACACCAAGAAGCUUCUGUGCAAGGAGCCGGUGA